AUCAAACUGCUUUCUUCAAAUAUAAAUAGUGGUGACCUAACCUGCUCUUGAAUUGUAUUUUAAUAAGCCUUAUACGAGUUUUAGAGGAAACUAGUGAGGGAGAGAGAAGGCAACGCCAUUAGGAAGUUGAACUAACACACUCUUCUUCUCAACAACCAAAGAAGCUAGUGUUGUUUCCACCUCAUACAAAUGCCUAUAUAAACCGUGAUGCACCCCCAAACUCCAUAACUCAUCCAAUCCAACAAAGUAAACAUCUCACUUAAACAAAAAGCCUUCUUGAUUCAGCUAUUUCCAAUGGCAUUUCAUCGCCACCAUUCCCUUUUCAUGUUCUUGCUCAUCACACUAUCAUCCAUAACCAGCCAAGCAGAGGCACGCCGUCUCCUCGACUCACCUGUGCCCGAUGUUCCCAAGCCCGAAAUCCCAUCUAUACCAAAGCCAGAGCUACCUCCACUACCCAAACCUGAGCUGCCAUCGUUGCCUAAGCCCGAGGUUCCAACACUGCCAAAACCUGAGGUCCCGGCAUUGCCAAAGCCCGAGGUUCCAACACUGCCAAAACCUGAGGUUCCGACAUUGCCAAAGCCCGAGAUUCCAACACUGCCAAAACCUGAGGUUCCGACAUUGCCCAAGCCCGAGGUACCAACACUGCCAAAACCUGAGAUCCCAACUUUGCCUAAGCCAGAGCUUCCAACACUGCCAAAACCGGAGGUACCGGCAUUGCCUAAGCCAACACUAGAAAAGGCUGAAUUGCCUCCACUACCAAAGCCUGCUCUACCGGAAAUGCCAAAACCUGAGGUGCCCGCUGUGCCUAAGCCUGAGGUUCCAACAUUGCCAAAACCUGAGGUCCCGGCUGUGCCCAAGCCCGAGGUUCCAACAUUGCCAAAACCUGAGGUCCCGGCUGUGCCCAAGCCCGAGGUUCCAACAUUGCCAAAACCUGAGGUCCCGGUUGUGCCUAAACCCGAGGUUCCAACAUUGCCAAAACUUGAGGUCCCGACUUUGCCUAAGCCCGAGGUUCCAACAUUGCCAAAACCUGAGGUCCCAGCUGUGCCUAAGCCAGAGGUUCCAAUGUUGCCAAAACCUGAGGUCCCAGUUGUGCCUAAGCCUGAGGUUCCAACAUUGCCUAAGCCCGAAGUUCCAACAUUGCCAAAACCUGAAGUCCCGACUUUGCCUAAACCCGAGGUUCCAACACUGCCAAAACCUGAAGUCCCGACUUUGCCUAAGCCCGAGGUUCCAACACUACCAAAACCUGAGCUCCCAGCUCUGCCUAAACCAACACUAGAAAAGGCUGAACUGCCACCAGUAUUGCCAAAAUCAGAGCUACCAAAGCCUGAGGUACCAGAAUUGCCAAAGCCUCAAUUGCCAGAAUUGCCAAAACCGAAGGUGCCAGAGCUACCAAAGCUCCCAGAAUUGCCAAAACCUGAGGUCCCGACUGUGCCUAAGCCCGAGGUUCCAACACUGCCAAAACCCGAGGUCCCGACUGUGCCUAAGCCCGAGGUUCCAACACUUCCAAAGCCUGAGGUCCCGACUUUGCCUAAGCCCGAGGUUCCAACACUGCCCAAACCCGAGGUCCCGACUUUGCCUAAGCCCGAGGUUCCAACACUACCCAAACCCGAGGUCCCGACUCUACCUAAACCAACAGUCGAAAAGGCUGAAUUGCCACCACUGCCAAAGCCUGAGCUACCGGCAUUACCAAAGCCUGAGGUACCAGAAUUACCAAAGCCUCAAUUGCCAGAAUUGCCAAAGCUAGAAAUGCCUAAGUUGCCUGAACUUCCGAAGAUUCCAGAACUGCCUAAACCAACUAUGCCAGAAGGACCCAAAUCCCCUUGAUUUUAUCAGGCCCUUGUCUUCUCUAGAAUGAUUGAUUUACAUAGUGCUUGCUAUCUGCUUUUUUCAUUGUUUUCCACUUUGUCCACCUAUUAUUUGUAAGAUUAUAUGUUCCGAGUGUUUUCACUUUGUAUUUCUUUGUUAAUGUCAUUUAAUAUAUAUCCAUGAUUGAUUGAGGUUUUCA